CUCCAACGCCACCACCGACCGCAGCAGCAACAGUCCGCGGUCUUUCAGUCCUCUCCGAGUCCGAGCGUGUCCUUGUUUCCAUAGUUACAAAAGAGCGGGAUUUUGUCUACCGUAUUUACAUUGUUUCACAGAAGCUUGCACACUGCUUUCAAACUUUUAAAACUGCAGAGUUCUCCAGCUCUGGGUCAAGACCCUCAUAACGCUGUUUCCUCAGCCAGGCUGGGUCGUGCAGAUUUCUCUUGGAGAGAGAGUCUCCAGCUGCCAUCACACAAAAACAUCUUCACAUGCGUGCAGCAGCAGCAGCCAUGACCACCACACAGGGUCAGAGAGCACUGUACACGGUCCUAGGGACUUUUCAUGCCAGUUCCUCAGAGACGAGAUGGCAAAACAAUCAGGAUUCCAGACUAAUGGAACAGGAAGACAUUUAUUAUGGACAACUUUGUCUAUAAUUCAUACAUGAAAGACCUGACCAGCACCUGUCAUGCAAAACACCACAAGCUUCACGGCAGUGGGAAAGACAGCAGCAGAGUAUCUGGGAGCUGUCGUGGACACCUCUACCUCUGCGUUUCUGCUGGUGUGAAUGUAGCAAGAUUCCUGCAGCUGACCGCAGCUCUUCCGAUGACAGGUUGGAUUCAAACAAAGCUGCAUGUCUCAGCACUGACUUUUACAAGGAUCUACAAUUACUUCUGUGGCAUGUUUAAGAAUAUGGACCAAAUGCUUAGAAGGUCACACCUGGGAGAGCUGCAGCCUGCCCUGGGCUAUGAGAGGCUGUUGACAGCUUGAUUGGAGCUAUCUGUGGUGAGGACUGGAUCUGGUGCAGGGUGUUAAAGGCAAUGGGUGAUGCAGAAACCUGUCAGCAGUACAGAGGACGAGGGCGUGAAUGUGAGACUGAGGCUCCAGCGGUUCGUGGGAAAGACGCUCAGAGGGUUUGGUGACUGUACCUGUGCACACUGCAUCAUGAAGCGGCCUUGUGAGGACAGCACGUCCGACAGCGACAUGGACGAAACUAUUGAUGUGGGCAGCGAGAAUAACUACUCUGGUCAAAGCAGCGGUUCGUUUAUAAAAUGUGGCUCACCUACCACAACAUCUCAAGUCAUGGCUAGAAAGAAGCGGAGAGGGAUCAUUGAGAAAAGACGAAGGGACCGAAUAAAUAAUAGUUUAUCAGAGUUGCGUCGUCUGGUGCCAACAGCAUUUGAGAAACAGGGAUCUGCCAAGUUAGAGAAGGCGGAAAUAUUGCAGAUGACAGUGGAUCACUUGAAGAUGCUCCAGGCCACGGGAGGAAAAGGAUACUUUGAUGCUCAUUCUCUGGCCAUGGACUUCAUGAGCAUUGGCUUUCGGGAGUGUCUUACUGAAGUGGCGAGGUAUUUGAGCUCUGUUGAAGGACUGGAUUCCGGCGACCCCCUCCGCGUCCGCUUGGUUUCUCACCUCAGCAGCUGCGCCUCGCAGAGGGAAGCGGCCGCCAUGACCACAUCAAUGGCCCAUCACCAGCAGGCCCUCCACCCCCAUCACUGGGCCUCAGCUUUGCAUCCCAUCCCAGCAGCGUUCCUGCAACAAAGUGGACUUCCGUCCUCAGAGAGUUCCUCUAGCAGGCUGUCUGAGGUUCCUCAGAGGGGUGCAGCCCUGCUGACCUCCUCCUUCACCCACAGUGACUCCGCGCUCAGAGUGCCCUCUACUGGCAGCAUCGCUCCUUGCGUACCGCCGCUGUCCACCUCGCUGCUUUCGAUAUCAGCAACCGUUCACGCGGCGGCCGCUGCUGCAGCGGCACAAACCUUCCCUCUAACGUUUUCCGGAGGAUUCCCGCUUUUCAGCCCCAGCGUAAUGGCAUCUUCAGUGGCUUCUUCCUCCGUGAGCCCUUCCGUUUCCACAUCCACCACAUCCCAGCAGAGCAGCGGAAGCAACAGUAAACCAUACCGACCGUGGGGGACUGAAGUGGGAGCAUUUUAAGUGUUGGAUUUGCUCUUGUUGUAUUUGGACGUCUUCCACACUUUGUACAUAAAGGAAAGAAAACAGCUAUUGUGUCUGCUUUGGUCAGCACUUUGGGGUUUUUUCUUUACACUUGUACACAUAUGCAACAGCAAACAUAAGCCAACUUUCUGGGAGGGAAAGAAAGACUGACUUUACACUUCAAGCUGUGUGGAAACCCAUAAUGAUGAAAAGCGAUUUUCAUUAUUGAAGAAAAAAUCAGUUACUGUUUUACCUUCAUGUAAAGGGCUGUACUGUGAGACAGUGCCUGCAUAAACACUGCUAAAAUGCUGCAUUUGAGAUGUAUGCUUUGAUAUUUAUACAUAGAAAAAGCAUAUUCGAUUUUCACAAACAUACAGUAGCUUUAGAGUAAAACAGAACAGCUUGUUCAAAGACCAACCAAAGGUUUUGCAGAUAAUCACUAAAGUGAGGUGUGAAUCAGUUUUGUAAUCUAUGAUUUAACAAUCCAGUUUGUAAAUCUGUAUAUGUGUAAGAUUGUAGCUAGAGUUUAUAUUGAAAUUAGACAGAUGAGUUGGUAUGAUGCACUUCAAUCACUACUGUUUUUUGGGGGGGAGACAGGAUCUUCUCCGCUUUACACAAUAGGCCUACUGAAUUAAAAAAAAAAUAACAUUCACUAAUACUCAUAUGUGAGAUUUUCUACUACUGUAACUUUGUUACCUUUUUAAUAACCCUACCACGCUCUGUAAGAUGUAACCUUUUUCUAUGCAAAAAAGAAAAAAACAGAUGUCCCUGAAGAAA